CCCUGUCAACCGAGGAAAAACUAAGAUGGCGGCCUCGGCUACCGCGAGGGAAGAAGGGGCUCCCACUGCUGCUGCUGCUGGGACGAGUUUCCAGCGGAGAGGGCCGUCACAGGGCUGCCGCCUGGCCGUCCUGCCUGGCACCCGGCCCUCGCCUCGGCACGGGCAGCUCCUCCUCUCCAGCGGGCUCCCUUCCCUGGACUUGGCGCUAGGUGGAGGUAUGGCAGUUGGAACAGUUCUUCUUAUAGAGGAAGAUGUAUAUGGUGUUUACUCCAACCUAUUGUUCCGAGCUUUCCUUGCAGAAGGAGUAGUCUGUGGACAUAAUUUAUUUGUUGCUUCAAUAGAGGACCCUGCUGACAUUCUAAAGGAACUUCCAUCACCUUUAAUAGAUAGUUCUGUGAAUGUAAUGGAGGAAGAAGAAGCAAGAUCUGUGAUGUCCAGGCAAGAUUCCCAGGAAUCUAUGAGAAUAGCCUGGCGUUACCAGAACAUACCAAAACUGGAGGUGACCCUGACAGCCUUUUCAAAAUUUGGACACUACUUUGAUUUAUCAAAAACAAUGGCUCCAGAACUAAUCCAGAAUAUCAGGUGGAAUGGUUUUUCACUUUCUGAAGGAACGAGUUUCUGUUUUGAUGGGAAAUCAGAUGAUAUGGCCUGUGGUUAUACUAGAUUGCUUCAUUCCAUUCAGAAGUUCAUCUACCAGCAAGGAUAUGAUGGCUCUUGUCUCCAGAAAAAGGAAAGGAACAUUGUAAGAAUUGGAAUUCAGAGCCUUGGAUCGGUACUGUGGGGUGAUGAUAUUUGUUGUACUGAAAAUCCACAGAAUAUUAGUAAGCUCACAAAAUUUUUGUAUGCUCUCCGUGGCCUCCUCAGAACAUCUUUGUCUGCCUGCAUGAUCACUAUCCCAGCUCAUUUGAUCCAGAAUAAAGCAAUUAUGGAACGUGUUACAAACUUGUCUGAUAUGGUAGUUGGUCUUGAAUCAUUUAUUGGCUCUGAGAGAGAAACCAAUCCAUUAUACAAGGAUUACCAUGGUUUGAUUCAUAUACGCCAGAUUCCUCGACUUAAUAGCUUGAUAUGUGAUGUGCCAGAUACGAAGGACCUUGCUUUUAGAUUGAAAAGAAAGCUCUUCGUUAUUGAGCAAUUGCAUUUGCCUCCAGACUUGUCAGACACAGUGAGCCGCACAAGCAAACAGGAUCUGGCAGAACCCACCAAAUUGCUGAGCUCAGGAUGUAGUGCAAUGGCCAUAGGCAAGAAGCACCUGGACUUCUAGAGAUUUCUACUUAGCAGGUUCACUCCAAAUUGUAUGACACUCUAAUUAUGACUGAUAAUGACUUAUGUAAAUAUUUUUCUUAAAGAUUAUGACCCAGUAAUUCUUUUAAAAGAAACAGCUAAAGCUGUGAGCCUUAUUUUUGGAUUUUUUAUGCUAGUUUUGAAUGUAGUGUUUUGUAUUGUUUUGCUUUGUUUUUGCUGAGGAAAGAUACAUCCUCUACUCUUCAGUAAUUUGAAAAUCUAAUGUAGAUUGCUAUUUUGAAAAGUCGUAUUUUCUGUUACUCUCAGUUUCCCUAUUGUUAUUAAAAUUCAAGAUAAUUAGUAAACAAAGAACAAUAACAUUGUAUAUGCUUAACAACACUCUUAUAUAUUGUAUGUUUAAUAGAAUUGUUGUAUUUUUAUAUUUGCAUUGUGAAUAAUAAAUAAACUACAUU